AUGUCGUCGCACAGAAGUCGAACAACUGAGACUCAAGCGAAAUCUUUCCGAACUACUUCUACCGGACCACCCUCGUUGAUGUCAGACAACAUUGCCCUGAAGAACCACGAGCUUUCCACCACUACUUCUUCAAAGCGCGUAAGUGGCAUCUCGAGAACAACGAGCCGGAAACGACCAGAUGCUACUUCCGACAGCAAUCCACGGUCCAUGUCCUCAAAGCCUUCUACUUUGCCACGACCUGUAUCCUCCUCAGCGCAAGCACUGUCAAGUUCGUUUGCAUCGUCGAGGCUCACGCCGGCCUACGCGGGAAGGUCUCCGCCACUUCAAGCUUUAAAUCUAGGUCCGUCCACGAUAUCCUACCCUAGACUUGAUACUUCGCGAGCUAUCACACACGAGAGUUCGAUGCGAGGACACAACACCCAGACAUUUUCUCCGUUGGAGUACGACGAUGACACAGUUUUUGGUAUUGCUGUUCCUGAAAAGGCCGGCACUUACCCGCCGGCACGUCUGCCACCACGACUCAUACCAGAGCUGCAAGCAUUAGCAGCCAGCAGUAGUCGGCCUGUCAAUCCUGCUUCGUCGUCAAUAGGCUCAAUCAGUAGCCCAUCAACAUGUCCGUCCACUCAGUUCACCACUUCAUCCAGUCCCUGGAGCGCCUCAACCACUACCACGACCCCAAUAUCGUGGUCCUCAGCUUCUCCGCACGUCGUGAAUCCGAGUUCAGCUUCAAGCAAGCGUUCAGAUAUAGUGCCUGUUCCACAAAGUGUCAAAACUAGAGUCCCAAGAUUACCGAUGGUGAAAGAGACGCAGCCGCCUGCACCGUCAUCGAAGGUGAUGUUGACCAACCAAGGUGAACGAAGUGGAAGGAAGUUAAAAAGGUCAACACCUGUGACUCCUGAGCCAACACCUCCACCUCGAUCAUCUUCUCUAAAAACAGCACGAUCUCGUAGUAAUAGUGCCACGACGAGUAGAAGUGGCCUUCAAGAAACACUGGCGUCACAUCUAACUUACCUGCCUGGACUAGCGAUUACCUCCGAUAUACCUCUGCCCGCUGCAACGGACAAUACGGAGAGGCUAGAUGCAGAAAGUGCAGAUCUAGGCCGUGGACAUUUAAGACUCCAAGCCGUCUUAAAUACAGCGCCACAUCAAGAACCUCGAGCACAAGCGACGGAUCCUCCGCGAGAAAUCACUCAAGCCACAUGCCACGAUCCAGCACGCUCAAGACAGCUAUUAGAACCUCUACCCAUAGCACAAAAUCAACACCGCAGAAUUCCAAGCCUUUCAAGACGCCGUGAUAGACGGCCUUCCAAUUCUGAGAACGAAAGUGAAGUCGAAAAGCUUGGUGCUCGGGGUCGCCUCGCCAAGUUCUCGAAAUUAGCCCUUUUCGGGAGGAGCAAGGAGAAGGCAGAAACCGACAGCCAGGCUCAGAAUCCACAACCACGAAAAGGACCAAGAGCAGGCACGGGCCAUGAAGGUUACGGCAGAUUUGGAAGAAGAAUCCGCAAGCAGUCAAGUGGUAGCGACAUUGGUGGCACUGAGAGCGAAACCUCGGUCACAAGCAAUGCGCGAAAUCCUGUUCAGAAACGGCAAAGCAGAACGAGCAGCGCUAGUCAAGAUCAAUCGGAUUUGGAUGACUUUGCAGCAACUCGUAUGAAGCCUAUUGCGAUGAAAGGAGGAUCGCAGAGAGGACGGACGAAUCCAUUUCCAGUCUUCCCCAAAAAUCCCCAGCUCAGUGAUGUGAGUUUGAGCACUAUGAGCUCCAGUGACACGUAUAUGGCAUACACAAGAGCUUCGUCUCCUCGUCGAGAACGUUUCCCACCAGCUACAGAAGAGGUCAGGCAAACCCUAGCGACACGGCGGUCGCAGAAGUUUGCCUUGAGUGAGGAAUCCUUCCGUAUGCCGGAACCAAUCGAAACAUCUGGUCUCGCUGCAACACCAGCCCUUGACAGCCGCAACACAACGCGAUCUUCAGAGCUCCUUACCCCAGCCAGUGCUAUGUAUCGAAUUGACCCUGUACUGCUGGACAAGCAGAAAGGCAGAAGCAAGAAGCUGAAAUGGAACAUAUUUCGGCGCAAAGAUAGCAUUUCGGAAGGAAAUCAGCGGCCAAUCGAGCGUCCGCAGAAACGCCCAGGCAUGUCUGUUGACGUCGCUGCGGCUCCGGCACACAGACCCGUGCCAUAUUAUGCUAUGCUUGGUUCAGAGUCUGAGGUAGUUACAACCACUACUAUCGGCCAAUUUCUUCGAGAGGCUCAAGAAUCACCUGAGAGAGACGACGAAGUAAUUUCCGUUGGUUUAACAGACGACGAAAUUCUAGGAACUCCAAAUAUCCGUCCAGAGUCUGUCCUGUUGCCAAUGGCGUUGUCCAAGCAAGCGCGACCAGGAGCACCGAAAUUGACCGAGGUGCCUCAGGCGCUAUCGCCAGAGAUGCUGUAUUUGCAGAAGGACCAUGUAUCUGAGCCUCAUCCAGUACGUAGGCAGCCUCGUCUAGCACAGGUGGGUCGGAUACCGAAAGUUGUUCCAACCAGGCAGCAAGCUCAACCUGGUGUAGCUGCGUCAGAAGCAUUUACGGUUCCUUUUGAGCGACAAUCGAGACCUAUCACUGUUAAGUCAAAGCCAAGUCGAGAUCGACUGCCACGUCUGACAACCCAAAUACCACCUGUUACCAUUUCAAGACCACCAAAAAUCAGCAGACUCGAUGAUGAAGUGACAGAACCGUCAGUUGUCAAACGUUCCGAGGCACAAGAUAUGGAUUCAGACUUUUUGAAAUAUCAGUCAAUGCGUGAUUCCGACUUUACAACAUCCACAGAGUCUACAGGAAUCAUCAGCAUAAUGGGUCCGCCAGCUUCCCAGCUGUCAUCGUUUGAUGCACAAGCGGAGCAACUGCUUCAUGAUGACGAUGUGUGGCAUGAAUACAACGACUUCAUGGACGACAUAAUGUCCCCGACUCAGCAGACAAAGUCGCCGUCUUCCACACAAAAGAAGGGCGACAGAACAUUACGGAUCUCUGGCAGGGAUAGAGUCGUGUCGAAAGGUGAUAUAGUGCCUAAAGGCCUUGCUAUACUGCCACCUCGCAUGCCAGCAGCUCAAACCUCGAAGGGCUCAUUGCUGACUCCUCCUUUACCCCUUUCGAGUGGUGCCUCAUUGCAAGAAAUGCCGUCAUCUGACGAGAUAAGGCUGAGACGAUCGAGGAUUGCAGCUGCUCUUCACACGUCGUCGUAUGCACCUUCUUCACCUUUCUCUAUGCGUGAUUUCCUAGACGAGUAUGGUCGUCCCAGCAGCGGCAAAUUCUCUGAUCACCUUAGCGAAUCUUCAGCGUUAGCAUCGGUCCAACCACAACGAGACCAUUCGCGUGUUCGGCAGUACGAGAAUGCGGCACACUUGGAAGAGAUAGAAAGAACGCAUAAUCCGACGAAGCACUCUGAUCGUCAAUAUGCAUCUCUCAUGGUUUCACGCUGGUUGUCGUUUGGUCGUGUGUUGUUCUCACCAGCUCACCUGGAGCUUGAAACAAAUUCCCAGAGACAUGUCCUUGUCAUUGAUGGGCUCGGGAACGAAGAUUGGUCCAUCUAUUGUGCAGUUACAUACCAAGCACAAGAAGUCUUCGUCCACGAUCUGAAGGAGCGGCGCAUCGGUAAAAGCAGAGGAAAAACAGCUCAGUCAUCCGAAGGGGCACCUCCCAACCACAGACGAUCAGAGCUGUCCAGUUUCAACGAGAAAUUUCCACUCCCACCAGCAUUCUUCACUGCGAUUGUAGUUCGGUUCCCCCCAGCAAUGCCGGAUUCGAAGCUCAAGAACAUUGUGUCUGAAUGUCGAAGGGCACUGGCUCGUGGGGGAUACCUCGAGCUGAUGGUACUUGACCUAGAUAUUGUGAACAUGGGCAGCCAAACAAGAAAAGCUAUCAAGGAUUUAAAGAUCAAGAUGACUGCAGCUGAUCGCACGGUCAGCCUGAAGCCUAUCAUUGAUAACGUGCAACAUGUACUUGGAUCUAACGGCUUCUCCAACCUCAACAGAUGUAUCGUUGGGGUGCCUGUUGUCGGAAAGCCAGCAGGGUCAUUAGACUCUUCGUCAGAGUCACGAUCAAGCUCGGGAUCUGGGGCAGGACCUGGUAGGCGCUUAUCAGCCGGACCACGGCCCUACGGUAAUCUUGGUGGACAAGCCAAUUUCUCGCUCAAUGACCUCGUUGCUGAUCAUUCAGACAACGCUGAUGCAAAGAUUGGACGCAUGGUAUCCAAGACUGCUCGGAGUUGGUGGCAACACUGCUUCGAAGCAGGUAUAAUUACGGAAAGCAACACAUCGAAGAGUGUGUUUGCGAGCAAGGAAGUAAUAAAGGAAUGCAAAGCAAGAGCUGCGAGCUUCAAGCUGUUGAUCGCAUACUCACAGAAGCCACCGGUUCGGGUGGAGGAAAGAAGAAGAACGAUGAGCGAGCCAACGAUACCUAAGCUCGCAACAGCAGGUAGCACAAAAGCUCCUAGGUAA